AUGUCCUGCAAGGCAGCCUACGCUACACUACUGACCACACCGGCAUACCUGCCAGGGGUACUUGUCCUCAACGAAUGCUUGCACUCGGUUGGGUCGAGGUAUCAUUUGGUGGCGAUGGUCACGCCCAGCCUCCCAGCCGAAGCACGAGCUGUCAUAGCGAAGCGAGGCAUCAUCAUCCGAGAUAUAGAUCAUCUGUACCCCGAGGAAGGUACACACAAGUUAACCGAACAUGACUCGAGGUUCCGCGAUACGUGGACGAAGUUGCGGGCUUUCGAGCUUGUUGAAUACGAUCGAGUCGUUCUUCUGGAUGCGGACAUGAUCGUGAAACGCAAUAUGGAUGAACUCUUGGAAAUGCCCUUGGAACGCGAUUGGAUUGCGGCUGCUCAUGUGUGUGCGUGCAACCCGCGCAAGAUACCACAUUAUCCCGCCGACUGGAUACCAGCAAACUGUGCACACACAGCCGUGACGACUCCCACCAGCGACCCACCUACCAUUGACGACACCAGUCCCCGUCCAUAUAAGCAACUGAACUCGGGCACCGUGGUCUUGAACCCGUCGCUUAGCAUUCUUCAAGAUAUCGUCCAUGUCAUUUCGACUUCUCCCGCCAUACCAACAUAUUCCUUCCCUGACCAGGAUCUGCUCUCGGAUCACUUCCGAGGGCGUUGGAAACCGCUGUCCUGGCGAUACAACGCUCUGAAGACGUUGCGAAACAUCCACCCGUCCCUUUGGAGCGACGACGAAGUGCGUUGCUUGCACUACAUUCUGCACGACAAACCUUGGAACUCGCCGCGGGGCACCGGGGGCGAUUCUGAAGAGGUCAAUGGAUGGUGGUGGGACCUGUACGAGAAACUAGCGCAGGAAAUGCAGGAAAUGGACCCGGAAGGAUGGAGGCUAGUAGAUGCGAAUGUUGCUCACCCGUAGCAUCUUCAACGACUCACCAUAAUGUUUCAAUCUGAUAUCGUAAACCGAUUUGUUGCCAAUGUAAGGUAC